AUGAAUCCACUUUACUCGCUGUAUUCACCAGUAGAUGGCGCUAGCGCCAGUAAUGAAAACCUGCAGAUCUUUAAUACCGUACCUUGUCCUUUCAAAGUGUUCUUCCUGCGUCUAACCAGGAGGAUGUGUUGGAGAAACGCAAAAGACCACAUGGGCACCUCGGGCGGUCAGGCGCUCACAGUCAAUCCGUCCACGGAUCUGCUGGUAGCAGCGCAGUACGCCCCCGUAUCCGAAGUGGCUUACCAGCCGGCUCAACAGGAGGACACGGAACAGAGCAAGCUCAUGCCCCAGGAAAACAAGGAGCUUACUAACGAAGAUACGGACCGUAUGGUCGAGAGCGACCCGAGAAUCGUUUUACGUCCUCUGAACCCUCCCGCUCACGAAGAAACCUAAAAGCCGCCCGCGAGUACCUUUAUCAGUACUUAAAUACACGAACCGUGUGGUACUUAAGGUAAAGACAACUUUAACUUUGUAAUUUAAAGACUUCACACACCUAAUUUAUCUUUGUUGUUGAAAUACUGAAUCGAGGCUGUAAUAUCUAUAAAAAAAAAUUCUGGGCGUGAUUCGAAAAAGUGAACCUCGGGGAUCCGCGUCGGGGCUAGUGGGUUCGAGAAUACGGUAAAGGGCGGCACUUUUUCGUUUUACGCUGGUGUUCGGGCAACAAUUUCAAAUAUAUCACUUAAUCUAAGUAACCUGCUGUGAAAUUCUAGUUAAGGGACUACAUGCUUCCUGCUUGUAUAGGAAUUUAUUUUUUCCAAUUUAAACGCGACUGGGAAGUCGAUCGGGCAUUUCUAUAAAGUCAAUUUUCGGCGGUAUUUCCUAAUAACGACUGCAAGAUUUAUCACAAUUUAAGCGAGAACGUUCCCAAUAUUUCGAAAAGUCUAUUUUCUUAAGUAAUUACGCUGGUCGUAGUUAUGCCGACGAGAUCAACGUUUAGGAACAAAAAAAAUCGACUAGUUUUUAAGGACUCUUAAAUCAUUCAGUUGAGAACGUAAUUUGUGGUAAACAUUAAGAAACGAUUGCCAAACAAGGAGAUUAUUGCAAUUUAACGCACUGUAUUUGUUACGCUAACUUUUGAUGUUUUAUAGUUUUUAGGACUCGUUUGUAAAUCUAGGUUAGGAGUUAAGCAUCUCUUCGAGGUGAACCUCUUUUGGUGCCGUAACGAUGGACCACAAUGAAUCGCCGUACUGAAAGUCGAAUCUCAAACUAUUUUUUUAUUUCCAUUGAUUCCCUCCAUUAUAGUGCAGAGUUCGCGUCCUGGUCAAAAUUGUAGGUUAGACUGAGCCGCUGGCGCCUUUUCGGGACCUGCGGUUCGCGGUAGGAAAUUUUUAUAGGGGAGACGCCGGUUGUGACUGUGACUCAGUUACUUAUUUAUUUUUUUAUCUAUAUUUAUUAGAUAUCCAGUAUUUGCGGGCUUAAAUCGAUAAAGAUACUCGAAUUAGCACGAAAUCCUCCGUGGAAUAAUCAAAUUGCGUUUGAAUUCGUCACAGAGUAGUCACAUCUCAAUCUUUGUUAAUUUAAGUCCAAAAUGUCAAAAAAAGUGCAAAGAAUUGAUAAAAUCGUAUGUAAUUAUUAUCCAUAUUUUAUAUUUAUGCAUUGACUUAUUCUAUUGAUUUAUAUUUUUUGUAACAAGAGCAUUAAAUUAUAA